GAAGGAAUCUAUGCACUCUACCGACUGGAAAUUGAAGUCCAGCUCUUGAGGAUCUUGUCUUGGCUUUAGCCUUAGCUUUUCCACCUUUUCCACGUCCAGACAUAACUGCGAUUUGAUUUGUAAGUUAAUACAAAAACGUACGAAUAUUUAACGUAAGUGUUAACGAAAUAAACUUUACUCGUUUUUUCAUCAUAAAAAUAGGAUCGAAAUCAUGUUUUUUUAACCAAUCAUAAUUAAGUAUUAAACAAAAGAUUUUUUUUUUAACCAAUUAAAUUGCGUAUCGGCGUUUUCGGAUCGAAUUCGAUCCGAUUUUUUUACUUAUAAACAAAAAGUUUUGACUUGCAGUUUAAUGCUUAUUUACAAGUUAAGUAGCAAAAAUUUUUAACCAUGUCUGACGCAGCAGCUAAAGGAGGAAAACAGGCACCUAAAGUAGCCAAGAAAGGUGAAAAAAGAGCCGGCAAAAAAGGAGGAAAGAUUGGUGGAACUGGUGAAAAGAAACGCAAGAGAAAGAGAAAGGAAAGUUAUGCUAUUUACAUCUACAAUGUUUUGAAACAAGUUCACCCAGAUGUCGGAGUUUCAAGCAAAGCUAUGAGCAUCAUGAACUCAUUUGUCAACGACAUCUUUGAGCGCAUUGCUUCCGAAGCUUCGCGUUUGGCUCUUCAAAACAAAAAGUCGACCAUCUCUUCUCGUGAAAUUCAAACCGCAGUACGUCUUCUCUUGCCUGGAGAACUUGCAAAACACGCAGUCAGUGAAGGAACAAAAGCCGUCACAAAAUACACAAGCAGCAAGUAAAC